GAGAGAGUAAUGAUAAAACUCCACUUUGAGCCUUCCUGUAAGCUCAGUCACAGAGAGAGAGAGCAACAUAAAAGAAGUAGAAGAUAGGGAUAGAGAGCGAGACAGUGUGGUGAAGCAAGCAAGCAACAGGGACCUACCACACACACAGACACAAACACAGUGCUCUCUGAGGUGAAACUGCACAUGAUUUUGUCACCCCAGAGCAGACGGACUGGGUUGAUGAAUGGACAGUAGUGAUUUAUGUACAGCUGGGUGUACUGGACAGAGGAGACCGUGUUGCUAAUACCCCUUAAAGUGUAUUUUACACCACUUUGAAGUUUUCUUUCCAGAGCUUCUUCUGCGGGGGACCAAUUGUAUACCCUUCAAGGAGAAAAUAAUACAAGGAGGACCAAAGGCUAAGAAAAUUGGACCAUCUCCAACUCCCCUUUUUAUUCUAUGGCGAGUCCUGUGGGAAACAUGUGUGAGGUGGACUGAGGGCUUGAAUGCCAAGCAGCAAACUCUUAUGAGACUUCCACUGCACCCAGCUAUCGGAAAACUAUGAGGAGGAUCCAUUGCUUAGUGUGAGCAAAAGAGGGGAUAGAGAACUCUACCAUCCACUCCUAUCUAACCCCCACACACACACACGCACACAGAGCAGAAAGCAUGAAAAAUCCCACUAAUGGGUUUAUUUGCUGUCAGAUCUACGCCGAUUUGUCAUUCGCCGGGACCAUUUCACUUGACACAUUUCAUAGUUGAGUAAGCUGCUUGGCUUUCUGGCUAGAGUUAGCUGUGCUCCAGCUCCAGCAACACUCUGCUGCCAGGCUCAAAGCUCAUCGGGAAGAGAGCAGCAGGCAGCCAAAUCAGGAGUCCUUCAGCCCUCAUAGUCGUUGCAGUCCUCCAGUUUGCACUCUAAUCAUCUUGUUUAGGGUCCUUACAUUUUUGUAAUCGGGCAAUAGCUUUAUUCUUUCCAAUCGUUGGACAGUUUGGACAGACCAUUGGGCCAGUUGUCCAAAGAGGCUUCUUCACACGGUUCCAGGGAUAUUUGGGUUGAUUCAGUUUGUGUUUAAGAUGUGGUGUGGGCCACUGGUUGUGCUGGCUGCGGUGUUCUGGACCCAGUGUGUCCUACUGGAAGGGGUGGAUGCCAAGAAGGAGAGGAAGAGGCCGAAGGAGACCCCACCACAGCACACAGAGGCGUACAACACUACUCUCUCCAACAGCGAAGAGGUGGGCGAGAGCACCAAGAUUCCUGACAACCAGAGAGUAGAUCCCCUGGGAUCAUGGAUGGACUUUGUGAAACGACCCGUAGACAACUUCCCUGGGAAAUGCCGCAAACGCAAAAGGCCACUGCCAGGACCACCAGGCCCUCCUGGUCCUCCAGGCCCCCAGGGGCCUCCUGGAUUCCCCGGGGCAGAGAUCACCCAGGAGGUCCUCCUCCAGGAGUUCAAAGAGAUGAUAAAAGAAGCUACAGAGAGGAGAGCUGCUGCAGUGGACAAGCAGACUAGUACCAGUCCUAGUCAGAUACCCAUGGCCCUCAUUGCCCUGGAAGGAAUGACCUCUUACAGGAGGAUAGAGGAAGCCUUCCACUGUAAACUCAUAGGACCUGUGGUUGUCGACAAGAAGACACUGAUGGAGCUACAAAACUUUCAGACGCCUCCUACUAAAGGUGCCUUCCUCCGAGGGACAGGAAUGGACCAAUCCACAGGACGAUUCACAGCUCCCGUUACAGGGAUCUACCAGCUCUCUGCUAAUGUUCAUAUUGACCACAACGAGGUAAAGAGGAGUAAGAGUCAGCUGAGAGCCAGGGAUAAUGUGCGAGUGCUGAUCUGCAUCGAAUCCCUGUGCCAUCGAUAUACGUCGUUAGAGAUGAUUGUUGGAUUGGAAAGUAACAGCAAGAUCUUCACAGUGUAUGUGCAAGGGUUGUUGGAGCUACAGAUUGGACAGUACACCUCCAUAUUUGUGGACAAUGGUGCUGGGGCAUCCAUCACAAUACAGAAUGGCUCUGACUUCAUGGGGAUGUUGCUGGGUGUAUAGCCUCACGUCCUGCCGUUGGGGCUGGGGGUAUUCCUUCCCUCUUCCCAUUGGACACCAGGGCCCUGGCAAUCCAAGGCAUCUGUCUUACCUGUAUCUGCUUGGAUUACUAACAGAUGCUAUCUGCCAAUCCACAUCCAUGGAGGAGAAAGCAAAAGGCAUGAGCAGCAUUUGCAGCCAUUGAACUUCUCUACUUGGGGUAUCCUGGAAGAACCGUUUUGAAAGCUAAAGGACUGUCUCUUCCCAGACACCAUGAAUGCAAGCACUCCUAUGGGCCAAGAAAGACACUUGUGCAUACCAACAGACAAUCCUAAUAGAAGACUUCACAUAUUCAAAUCACUCAAUGAACAUUUUGAAUUUGAGAUAGAAAAGAAGACAAAAUCACAUACGUAUUUUUAAUACAGUAAUAGCCUGAUAGGAAAUAUGCUAUAAUGAAUAUCAUUCAUGAAAUUGAAAGGUUUUUAUUAAUCUCUUUAAUGGAAUGGCAGUAGCUAAGAAAGUACAGUGCAUAGACUCUGUGAGUGUGUAUAAACACUGGAUGAUGCAAAGAUGCUCAGUAUGCAUUGUACGGUUGCCCCAACUUCUCAGCUAGGGUUGAAGAAAUUCAGAAGCAUUUAGGAAAAUCCAACCAGUAGUUUUUGAAAAAAAGGGAAUUUUGGGAAAGUUACCGGAAUUUUGCAACCCUAUUCUCAGUAAAGUGACCUCUACUGUAUGUUCUAUCUAGGGGGACUUUGUAUGUCUCAUGUGGAGUCUACAGCCCACUGAACAAAAUAGAGGAAAUAUUGGCCUCUGUUUGGAACCAUUUUGUGGGAUUCAAACCCAAACUAAGGAAUGUGGUUAGAGCAUUGAAAUGAAAUGCAAGUAUGUUGGCCAUUCUGUUUCAUACCGCUAUACAGAGCCUUCAGAAAGUAUUUAUACCCCUUGACUUAUUUCACAUUUUGUUACAGCCUGAAUUCAAAAUGGUUUAAAAUGAUUUUUUUUCUACACACAAUACCCAAUAAUUACAUGUUUUCAGAAUUGUUUGCUAAUUUAUUGAAAAUGAAAUACAGAAAUAUCUGUCAAGCUCUGUCAAGUUGAUUGUUGAUCAUUGCUAGACAGCCCAUGUUCAAGUCUUAUCAUUGGUUUUCAAGCCAAUUUAAGUCAGAACUGUAACUAGGCCACUCAGGAACAUUCAAUGUCGUCUUGUUAAAUAACUCCAGUGUACUGUACAUUUAGCCUUUUGUUUUAGGUUUUUGUCCUUCUGAAAGGUGAAUUUAUCUCCCAGUGUCUGUUGGAAUGCAGACUGAACCAAGUUUUCCUCUAGGAUUCUGUCUGUGCCUAUCUCUAUUCAGUUUAUUUUUAUCCUAAAAACUCCCUAGU